ACGAAACGAAACUUUGAUUUUGGUUUUCUGUUCUGUUCUUCAUCUCUCUCUGUCUCCCGAUUCUGUUCUGGUGAUUUUUUUGGUUGUUGUGUGGAUUAUAAUCCGAUAUCAGGAAGAAGACGUCAUGUUUUUAUUCGAUUGGUUCUAUGGAAUCUUGGCCUCGUUAGGGUUGUGCAAAAAAGAGGCGAAAAUCUUGUUUUUAGGCCUCGACAAUGCCGGAAAAACUACUUUGCUUCACAUGCUCAAAGAUGAGAGAUUAGUUCAGCACCAGCCAACACAGCAUCCCACGUCUGAGGAACUUAGCAUUGGCAAAAUCAACUUCAAGGCCUUUGAUUUGGGUGGCCAUCAGAUUGCUCGUAGGGUUUGGAAAGACUGCUAUGCCAAGGUUGAUGCUGUUGUCUACCUAGUGGAUGCUUACGACAGGGAUAGAUUUGUGGAGUCGAAAAGAGAGCUAGACGCUCUUUUAUCAGAUGAAGCCUUAGCAAAUGUUCCCUGUCUUAUUCUUGGCAACAAGAUUGAUAUACCUUAUGCAUCCUCAGAAGAUGAGCUUAGGUAUUACUUAGGUCUCACCAAUUUCACUACCGGUAAAGGCAUAGUGAAUCUUGAAGACUCUGGUGUUCGUCCCCUUGAGGUCUUCAUGUGCAGCAUCGUCCGCAAAAUGGGUUAUGGCGAGGGUUUUAAAUGGCUAUCUCAGUAUAUCAAGUAGGAAACCAAGACAGCAUUGGUGAUUUGCUUCA